GACUUGACUUGUCCUCCCCGCCAUUGUAUAUUCUAUACAGAUUUAGUAGAUUUUUAGACUCUUUUUUCUAAUUUCAUUACAUCUUAUUAUUGACCUGCCCAGUUUGUACCAAUCUACCUAGAUCAAAACAAUUUCACUUUCUUGACUAAAUUUCAGCAACCCAGAUUAGGAAAUCACACUUUCUCAACUGGGUUUCUGUUCUUUUUUAAGAAUAGUUAACUUCUUGAUCUAUACUCACAGAUAUACAUAUAUAUUGAGCAAUGGAAGAAGAAGAAGCACUGAAUCAUGGGCCACAAGUGCAAAAAGAGAAGAAACAAAAAGAGGGAAUUUUGGGGUUGAUAAUGGGGCCUGUUUAUUGGUUUAGAAUGCUUGGCAAGGAGUUGAAAUGGAGCUUUGUGUGUGGUGUGAUUAUUGUGUAUGGUAUUAAUCAGGGGGUUGCUAUUGGUUUGAAUAAGGUUAGCAUACAGUAUUAUAUGAAAGAUGUGCAGAAAUUACAGCCUUCUGAAGCUCAAGUCUAUCUUGGUUUAGUUCAAAUUCCUUGGAUAAUUAAGCCUGUUUGGGGUAUUUUGACUGAUGUGAUUCCCAUUGCUGGAUAUCGAAGGCGCCCCUAUUUCCUGUUUGCUGGUGUUAUUGGUGUUGCUGCCAUGCUUACAUUGGCAUUGCAUAAGAAUUUGACCCUUACAUUUGCCAUACUGUCUCUCAUGGCCGGUAGUGCUGGGGUAGCAAUAGCAGAUGUGACGAUUGAUGCAUGUGUGACAGAGAACAGUAUAAGCCAUCCUUCACUUGCUGGUGACAUGCAGAGCUUGUGUGGUGUUAGCUCCUCUACAGGUGCACUGGUUGGAUUUUUGAUCAGUGGCUUUCUUGUUCAUAUAGUUGGGCCGAAGGGUGUAUUUGGAAUCCUAGCAAUCCCUUGUGGACUGGUGGUUUUAGUUGGAAUGAUACUCCGUGAACCCCGUGUCCAUAGUGUUGGCUAUAGACGGGUGAACCAAAAAGUUAUGGAUGCUGGAAGGGCAAUGUGGACAGCCCUGAAAUCCCGACAUAUUUGGAGACCGUGUUUAUAUAUGUACAUAUCACUUGCAGUGAGCAUAAACAUUCAUGAAGGGAUGUUUUAUUGGUAUACAGAUGCCAAAGCAGGCCCGUCUUUUUCCCAGGAGGUUAUUGGAUCCGUAUUCUCUGUUGGUGCAGUUGGCUCCCUAGUGGGGGUUCUUCUUUAUCAGAAUAUUUUUAAAAGUCACCCUUUCCGUCAAGUACUGUUUUGGUCGCAAUUGCUAUAUUGUGCUUCAGGGCUGUUGGAGUUGAUAUUGGUUUUAAGAAUAAACUUGCGAUUUGGUGUACCAGAUUUCCUUUUUGUUGUAUUUGAUGAGUUCUUUCACAAAAUUAUUGGUCGUCUUAAGUGGAUGCCUAUUCUUGUCCUCAGUUCUAAGCUUUGUCCUUCAGGUAUAGAAGGCACUUUCUUUGCUCUGCUUAUGUCGAUUGAUCAUGUUGGGAUUCUCACAUCCUCUUGGGCUGGUGGCCUUCUUCUCCACAUUCUGAAUAUCACCCGGACACAAUUUGACAACCUGUGGCUGGCCAUUUUAAUCCGGAGCAUUCUUAGACUUCUUCCAAUCGGGCUUCUAUUUCUAAUACCCACAGGUGAUCCCAGUGAAAAUAUUCUUCCAAGCGAGAUGCUGACUCCCAAAAAGGCUGAUACCAUGAUUUCCGAGAACAUGGAAAUGGCCUCACUCAUUACCGGGACAUAGUUUUUGCAGCUUGUGGAUGAAAGUUCCGGGAAACUACACUCGCCAACCGCUUAGAAUUUAUCAAAUUCUGACCCGGGCUAUGCAGAUUUGUAGUAUAGUUUUUGCAUACUCUUAUACUUACAUCUACUCUAGCAACAGUGAAAUUACAUGUAUCAUGCCCAUCACAAAUGAGGAAGUGUAGCCUCUUAGAAAAGAUCUGCUGAGCUGGUCAUUCCUUUUUGCAAUUCAUGCCUAAGCUCAAAUUCUAUAAAUUUGUAAUGAUUUUAAAAUUCUGCUAUUCGCCUGUAGUGUUCAGUUUAAAGUAUAAAGAUCAGAAUAUCCUAUGUCAGUAAAUUACGAGUUCAAUUAUAUUAAAUAAUAUUUCAAAAUUUUGUAUU